AUGGCACUCACCCGUCUGGCACUCGUCUCUGUGUUGCUCUGCAGGGCGGCCGCCCUCCAUAUCUACCAGCCUUACCGUGUGAAUGCCAACAGUGAUGGACUGGCACAGCUGGCAUGCAGCUUUAACCACACAGGGAGAGGGCAGGAGUUGCGGGUCACCCUGCUCCGAGGCCUGGCAGGCAAAGAUGUCGUCUGCAAGUCCUCUUUCCAGUUGCCCAACACCAGCCUUGAGAGUGACGAGCCACUCAGCUGCCAAGGGAAUGCGAGUGCCAACAGACUGGACCUGACCGUGCCUGGCCUGAGCGGCGCAGACACAGACUUCUACCGGUGCAAGGUGGAGAUCUUGUACCCGCCUCCAUACCGCUUAGGCCUGGGCAGCGGGACCCUCAUCUACGUGGCUGAGAGACCACCGUGUCCAGCCAAGGAGCACAGCAUGGACUGGGUCUUCAUGGCUGUGCCGGUGACUGUGGUGGUGUGCACCGUCAUCGUCAUCAUCAGCAUCCUGGUCUACAGGACCCUCAACCGGAAGGCAAACUCCGAGUACGUGGAUACGGCGCCGGUGAUUCCAGAGAAGAUGAAGACAAACAGUCGCUAUGUGAUGUUUUGAUGUCCUCUUUGGUGACGGAGCUGUGCCCGCUGCCACCACCUCACACACGCACAUGUAGGCACACACACACACGCACACUCACAAGCAGGCACUGACCUGCUCCAGCAGAUGGCGGGCGCUGCAGGUUUGGCAGCGUCAUCCUUUGUCUGGCGUUGUCUUAGGCGAUGGUUAAAUUUUCUGUGAAAAGCAGCAGUUGCCUAAGUGGGCAUUUAGAAAUAUCAUUUUGAUAUGCAGAAGACAUGUGACAUUCAAAGAGUGCUCAAUGGCAGGAGAGCUGGCAGGCAUGGCAAUGCCCACCUGCCUGCUCAGACAUCCUGCUUCAUGUUGUACAUACAAUGUGUAGUAAUAAAAGACUGUGGUCAACACAAA